AUGAUUCAGCUAGAUAUGUACAUGAUCGCCAUCACCCUCCUAUCUGUGAUCGCUGUGGCAAGUGCUACUAGGUACUUGGACCCAAUGAAUGCGCGGAUUGUGGGUGGAGCCCAGGCUGAUGAAAAUGAAUGGCCUUGGCAGGUGUCCCUCCAGUCUCAAGCCUUCUCUUUCUUCCCCUGGUCACACUUCUGUGGAGGGUCUCUGAUUGCCCCCAACUAUGUCCUUACAGCCGCACACUGUGUUGAUGGACAGAGGGCUAGAAACAUCCGAGUUGUAGCCGGCUUACAUCGCCAGUCCUCCACCUCCACAGCCCAGGCAAUGAGUGUGUCUAGGAUCAUCAUGCACCCUAAUUAUAACGGUAAUGGAGCGGGUUUUCCCAAUGACAUUGCCUUACUGGAAUUGAGCGGAGAGGUGACCUCCAACAGGGCAACAACUAUUGCUCUGGCCCGGGGGACCAGCAGCUUUAUCGGAAACCCCGACUGUUGGAUCACUGGCUGGGGAAAGACGUCGGCAAACAGUGGGACAUCUGAGGUUCUGAUGGAGGCACGGAUGGAUGUCAUUGGCAACGGAGACUGCGCAAACCAAUGGAGGGACAUUUCCGGUGCAUCCAUCUUUGACACGCACAUUUGCUUACAGGCUGAAGGAAAAUCAGCAUGCAACGGCGAUUCUGGAGGACCACUUGUAUGCCGGGAUAAUGGAGCGUACGUCUUGGCUGGUGCCACGUCAUGGGGAAUCACCACAUGUGAGGGAUACCCAAGUGUCUAUGUCCGAGUCAGCAAAUACCUGGACUGGAUAAACUCUAACAUGAACUGAGGCAUAUCAAAACCUGGUCACUAAUUAAUUCUUGAAUAAAAAAAAAAGUAUUGCUUGUUUUAACGUAAUAAAGUGUGUUUUCAAAUUUUGA